AGUCCUUGGCUCCUUGAGAGCGGGUCAACUGGUUAACCAUUUUUCUAGUUUGCGAGUUCUUGGUUUGUAGUCGUUGGCACUAAAACACGUAUAUGCUGUGUCGGACUUAAAAACAUACAAGAUGGAUCUAAGAACUCAAGAAAUCCACUCGGGACACUUUAUGGUCAGUAACCUUGAAGAUUCUGAGGAUGAGACAGAAGAUUCCAAUGACUUGGGAGAUGACAUUCCUUCAAAUAUUUCCAAGGAUUUGAAUGAUCAGCCUGUCGCUAAGGAUAGAAACAGACUAAUAUUUGAGAACUUGGCUUCGCUUUUUAAAUAUUUGGAAAUUGCUUACAAUGGAAAGUUGACCAGCCCAAAAUGGGACCAGUUCCGAGGAUUAAGAUUUGCCAUAAAAAAUAAAAUUCGGCUUAAUAACAUAAUUUGGAGAGAGUAUCAUAUGCAAUAUGUUAAGAAGCUGAAACCUGUCGUCGUUCAGUUCCAAACACCAGUAUGUGAAAACCAUUCAAAAGCUGAAGCAGUUGUUUUGGAAGGAAAGUAUUGGAGAAGACGCCUGAGUACUUUGUGCAAGGAGUACAGCUUGUGGAGGGUGUUUGCUAAAAACAAGUUAUGUGGGUCGCAUAAUAAACAAAUUGUUCAGUGUGCUAACGAGCUAUUGGAAGGAUCAGAACUGUGCUCCUAUAAGUUCAGCGAUUUGUCAAAGAAUGCUACAUCUAAACUACUAGAGGAAAUAAUGAUGGACAUCGAUGAAAAUCUUGACUUGUUUUUUGAGCAACCACUGACAUUUCCAAAUCCACGAGAUCUACCUACUUUAGGAAACGCUGAUAUCAUGCAACCAGGUUUGCAGCAACUCCAGCCUAACCGAAGCUUGCGUGAAGAUAUGUCGUCCAGUAUGUUUCAGUCUAGUGAGCCUAAUUUGUCUAGUCAAAACUAUAAAUAUAGUAUUUCUUCAGACGUCUAUCCAUCCAAUCAUAUGUGGUCCACUGCUUCUAAUCACCCUGAACCAACUUUUGAAGAGAAGUGUAUGCCUAAGUUAAUUCAUUGCAAUUCAGUAGUUAAACACUCAGUUGCCACACAGGGCGGUAAUCUAUGCAAUGAACAUUUUAGCUGUAGUGGUCCAUCCGCCCCACCUUGUUCGUCACUUACACUAUACGAUUGUAAUACUCAAAGCCUGUUGGAACCAGCUGUUAGUAGAAAUAGCUUUCCAAUUAAAUCGGCCAAUAGCAACAGUGAUAAUGAUUGUCAUGGUCCUCAUCCAUAUCGUUCUUCUUUUCCAGUGUCGCACAAACGUCAAUAUUCUCAUCAGAUCAAAGUUGUGGGUCAACAUCAAGGCAACAAACUUCCUACUAAAGUACAAUCAAAAUGUGGGUCGACUCGGGGUCCUCCUCACACAAAAAAUCGUGGGAUUGAACCUAUGCAGUCAUUUGGUCAUUACACAGGGUUAAAUCAAGAGAAAGUUGAUCGUAAGAACGAAUCUACACUUUUGAAUGCUUUACUGCGAAGUGGCAAUAUUCAGAAUCCUAAUUCUUCUGUUGAUUAUACGGAUAAUCAGUCUGUAUUUCAGAAGCCAUCAAGCUGUAUAUCUCCUUUACUUUGUAAUGCUUUGAAAAAUUCUGAAGGCUAUUUUAGUCAUUCACUUAACAAACAUCACUUCAAAGACGCAUCAGUCCAGCUGAAAACUGAACAUGCCUUUAAUAAGAGUUCAAAGGAAUCGCCAGAUACAUAUAAUCAUUCUGGUUACAUAUAUAGUGGUCAUUCGCCUGUUGUUCCAAACACCAUACAAAAUAUCCUCAUUGCUAAUUCAGUACACGUUUCAGAUAAUGUACCCGUUGCAGUGGCUGACUAUGGUGUACCUACUGAUUGCUCUUUAGAACAAAAAUGUGGUUCUGGUGUAUUUACUUUGGAGCCUACUUUGAGUUCCCACAUACAACCUACGAUAUCUCGCACAAGUGUAUUGUCUUAUCCAACUGCCCAUAAUCUCUUGGUAAAAAAUUGUAAAACACAACCCAGUAGCUUCGGUGUUUCUGAUAUUUUAAUUGAGAACCCCGAUCAUUAUUUCGUUAAUAGUGAUACUUUUUCUCAAGAGAACUCAAUUGAAAUACAGAGACCUCCUGUUGGAACUACGAAUGAUAAAAUGAUAUGUGUUACAUCAUUGGAUCGACAAGCUAUAAGUGUACAGAAUUUGGACCUCAAAAUUACUGCUACAAAGAAUGUACAAGGGAAUUCAGGUUAUAUGUCUGAUAUUCAAAAUACUCCUUCCUAUAAUCCACAAAAUCCCAUUCUCAUAUUUAAAAAAAACAAUGGUCUUCCUGUACCCACUGUUGAUCAAAACCUUUCUGCUUCAACUGGUACCAGUUUCACCUUUUCCAAUCGUAAUCCUGGUCAGUGCACAGUCCCAAGUGGUCGAAAUUCAGAAUCGAACAUGUUUACUUUGAGAAGUAAUAACAACUUAGAUACAUCUGUAGAGGAUUCGAAUUCUGAAUUAGAAACUUUAGUACCUGGGAGUUGGAACGAAUCUGAAAUGUUUUCUCAUGCAGUCGAUAUAUUACCAAACGAUGUGGAACAGUCUUCCAAAGCUUUAAUAAAGAGUGAAAAAAGCCUAAAUGUAUCUAGUAUUAACACACGGGCUCCUAAUACUUUGGCAAAUAGCCCAUCAAUGCGGGGACGAUCUAAUUCUGCUGGGAAUCUUUUUUCACUUCAGCAUAAUCAUAUAAAUAAUCAUUCAGUACAAGGUUCAGCAGCUACUACCUCGAGUUAUGGUAGCACAGAGAUUUUAUCGCCCAUGUUUACUAAUUAUAAGGGAUUUCUGUGCGCCACAUCUCCAUCAUGUUCUACACCUUCCGUUUCCGAACAAAAUGAUCAAACAGCUAAACAAGCCCUAGGAAAUUCCUCUGAAGAACGACGACGUCAAUCAAUGCAAUCUGGUUUACAAACCCUCCGGCAACUUUUAAAAAUGCAUUCCAAUGUGGAUAAUGUUUCAGGGGGCAAUCGUUUGGGAGGUCGUAGAAAUGUAAAUAGCGUAGAAAUGAUGUGUUCUGUUUCCGGUGCUUACACACGUGGUGAUACAGAUAUGUCCAGUGAAAAACUUUCAGGUGGAUUGGAUUUGGGAUCAGACGAACAGACAAUUUCUUCGGGUAACGAAAUAAGCAGUACAGGUCGGGCAUCUAAAGCUGCAACACUAAGAAAUGCUGCUGAAUUAAUUCGAAAGUUAAGAGACGAACGAAAUUUAUUGGAAAUACAGUGUAAAAAUCUUAAAGAGGAAGUUAAGGCAUUACAGAAUGCAAUUAACCUUUGUUGCGAAAAAUUGCCUCCAUCGGGUUCAUUAUCUGCACGACCAACAACAGAUCAAAAUUUUGAUUCUUACUGUUCUGAAUGGUUUCGUGCAUAUGCACGUAAACAAACUGAGGCGAAUUGGAAAUUUUAUAUAUUUAGCUUAAUUAUUGGAGGUAUAUUCAAAUCAUAUUGUACUACGACAGUUACAAAUUCACGUGAUCAAUUUGUUCGCUCUGUAUAUGGAUGGUUAGAUACAAAUUGUUCUCUAGUGCAGCUGAGACCUGCUGUAAUGCAAGCACUCUGCACUCUCGGUAAAACAACAUCUGUUCUACAAGAACCGAAUAAAUUACCUGAACAGUCAAGAUUAUCGUCUAUUGGCAACUUAUUUUGAUGGUGUUUAGUAGAUCAUGAUCCAGUUUUUUGAAGAAAAUAUUACAACAAUCAAUUAUUGAUUACCAUAAAUAAACACAUUCUACCUUCUAAAUGUUUGCAUGUAUAUGUGAUAUGAUGGUUUGUCAUUCUUCUAUUCUCUCUCCUUCUCUCAACAUAUUGCUACUAUUUCCUUGAUAGUCCUGUAGAAAACAAAAAGAGAUCUAUUUUGCCAUUCUAGUCUAUAAAAAGGGUCAUCUCUUAUCAUUGUGUAAUAUUUAUCCCUCUUUCAUAUUGUUACUUUUCGUUUAUCUUUUCUAUACUUCACCUACUUUUAUCAUUAUUUUUAAGAUAUACAAUUAUGUGAAGCCUUUCACUUGCACAGACGAUUACAGUGAAGCCCACUUUCUUUUUUGUUUUAGUAGAUUAGAGUUGAGAAUUCCCUCUGUAUUUGUGUGUGUGUGUGUGUUAUUUUUUUUUAACACCCACCAAACAACUUAACUGUUGAUAUUCACUCCUUUGAUGUGAUUACUAAUUUUUCUACAAAUAAAAGAUCUAAUUAGUAUGUUUUUAUUUCAGACUGUACUAUUUUGUCUUUUGCUUAUUUGUUUUUUCUAUUUUAUUGCCAGAAUUUUAAUUCUCCUACUUCGUGACCUUAAUUCACAUUACACAAACGCAUUCAUUAUACAUCAUUCUUGUUUGCAUAACGUUAUUUAAUGCCUACCUUUAGUUACACCUCUUAAUACCUUCAUUGUAUGUUGGUGUAGAUUAUCGAUAGCGUUAUUUAAGCAGCAGUCAUUGUGAUAAUUGUUUUAAUGAUGUAAUUUCCUUCAUUUCAUUUUUUCUUCGUAGUUUUCAUUUCUCCUAGCAAUGUAUGUACAUGUGUAUGUGCACGCCAUUGGUCCUCUUUUCGCGUUUACACACCUUUUUAGUCUUUAAAUAAAUUCACUCAGAUUAACUAAGGAUCAUGUGAUCAUUUUAAUUAUCAUUUGGGAUGUAUUCUAUUCUUUAGAUUUUGAAUUUAUGUCUGACAUUUAUAUACGUCGUUAGUUUCUUUACAUACAAAGUGCUUUUUCUCUUGAUAUUAUUUUACUGAUAUUUGCGAACAAAGAUUUGUUACAUCUAUAAACCGUUGUCUUUUGUUCUACUCUCUUUUUGUCAAUUAAGCUGCUUGAGUACAUCUAUGUAAUGCAGUUGCCUUCCCUACAUCUGUUGAAAGAAAAGAGGAUGAAACCAAACUAUAUGCAUAUUUCUAUUGACAUUUACAAAAAUUGGAAACUUUUAAUCCCUCGUAUAUAUUUUGAUAACGUAAUUAAAGGAAUAAUUUUUGUUAAAACAUGAGGAAGAUGUAAUUUUCUCCGAAUUGUGUAGUGUAUUCAUUCAACAUAUACACUACACGAUCUAGAAAAAUUACGUCUUCUUAUUGUUUUGUCAAAAUUCACAAAGCAAACUAGUUGUUUCAAAUCUUAAAAGAAUAAUUGUUCGAAAUGUUUGCUGCAGACACCACAUUUUUCAGAUAACUUAGGUGUUUUAAUUAUGUUAUCCAAAGAUUUACAUUUAAUUCACG